AUGGCUUCUAUUCCCAGUUCGUCUCGUCAUACAUUAUCUUUUAUGAAAGAUAUUAAAGACGUAUUUAAUAAUCCAACUCGAGAUUCUCUUGUUAAUUUCGCAUCACAAUCAUCAACAUCUUUACAAUAUUCUAAUAUGCGUGUUACUCAACGUCUUCAUCGUUAUCGAUUCAUGAAAAAACAAUGGCAAGAAGUAGCAACAUCUGUUCGAAAUACUUCUCUCUUAUCUCCGACAUGUGAUUCUUCAACAUCUUUUCAAGAUAUGUCAGCAACACUACAAGACACAACGAAAAAUUUACCUGUUAUAACACAAAAACAAAAUGUUGAAUCAAAAGGUUAUCGUAUUAAUGAUUAUAUUGCUGCUGCAACAACAGCAGCGAAAGACAAUAAUGACAAAAAUUUAAUUGAUCUUGAUCCAUUACAUUCAAGAAUUCAACAAGAUUUAAUUAGAUUAAGAAAAAUAAUUAAAACAAAACAAAAAAAAUUUAUUGCAAAUAAUUCUCUAAAACCAUACAUAAGUAAUAGACCAUUGCAAGAACCAGUAAGUGAAAUAAAUACAAAUGAUUUAUUAAUAAUAUCAUAA